AUGGAACCGGCGUUUCGGUACUUCGCUGGCAAACGACGUCUUGCUGCUUUAGAGCGUUUUUCGCACGCCAUGCUUGGAAUUGCUCGACAUCGGCUAUGCGGCAGCGUCUCGUCCCGGCGGAGUGAAAGACAUCGUGUUUGUCCAGGCAACUUGUCGAUAAUGGCGACCGACUACCGCAUUCCAUCCUCGCAGCUCAGGCACAGAUGCACAAGUAAGUUUUCACGUACAUUUAAGAUCUUCAACUUUAUUUAAACACGGUACUAUUUCACAGUACAUGUAUAUUAAAAUAUAUUAUUUACAAAAACAACCAGAAAAAGUGAUCUUCCAAUAGACCGUGUGCUAACUACUAUAAAUAUAAAAGAAUUUUAUGACUUAACAUUAUAUCAAUCUACAUUGUUUUACCCCACUCUUAAAAGUUGCUACACUUCCUAGCGACUUCAGGUCAAUUGGGAGAGCAUUCCAAGUCUCUGUACCUCUGUAGCCCAAUGAUUUUUUCAUAGCAUUAGUAUUUGGCGUUGGUAUAAUGUAUAAUGUAUAAUUAAAUUCUCUAUGCUUAGUGUUAUGAUUAUGGACUUCUUGUGUAUUGAUGAAAAUAUCCUGCAGGUACUGUAGUUUGGAAGCAUUUUAUGUUUAAUCUUAUACAUUAAUGUAGCAAGUUGUUGUUCCCUUCUUGUUUCCAGAUCUGAAAAUCCUGCCUUGAUUAGAAUAUCUUUUGAUCGCGUUUCAUAUCCUUCACGGGUAAUAAUACGAAACGCUCUAUUUUGGAGACGCUGAAGUUUAUUCGAUAAAAACCUUUUCUAGGCAACCCAAACUUGCGAGCAAUAAUCAAAGUGUGGUUGGAUUAUUGAUUUAUAAACAGUUAUUAAAGUAUUAUAAUCAACAAUAUCCCGCAGUCUUCUAAUAAUGCUGAGUCCUGAGUUAACUUUUUUUGUAAUUUUUUCAACUUGGACCGACCAGUGGCCUACGGUGUAGACCCCAGCAGAAACACGUUUCGUGAGGGGUCUACGAAGAAACGAAUAAAAGCUUGCCCGGCCUACGUCAUAUCCGUUUUACGUUUGGGGUAAAUUAACUUCAAUUUAUUCAAAUUUCUGAAGCGUCAAGCGUGCGUAAAUGUAAAUUUUCAUUUGGCGCUUAUUAAAAUGUUUCACUAAUGGCGGGCUUUGUGCAAUAAAAUAUACCCUGGGCCGUGGCUAUAUAUAUACCUAACCAUUAAACACAUGUCCGAACGGACUAAAAAGUUCUUGUCAUUCGUAGACAUCCAAUUUCUGCAGUCGAAGACAACGUUGAUUUCACGCUAAAAGUAGCAGGCAUAAAAGUUUUAGCGCAAGUCGGCUCGAAUCCCAGUUUCCUCACGAAAUUUCGCUUUACUUUAAUACUUUAAGCGGUAUACCAAUAGCGUUUAAUGCUGUUUCGUACGUUCGUUGUCGUAUUGUCUAGCUCACAUAACCGUUCUUCGAAGCUUCUCGACCCGUUUGUUUACCAACGCCAGACAGGCUUUACAAAUGCUAUUUGCAGGUAAAAUGGAGAAGGAAAGGUCGUCUAACUCCUUACGUGUGUUCUCCUUGCUGUCCAAGAAAUCAAUAUCGCAUUCAACGGGACGUUGAAGCAAAGAACACAUUUCUAUUGCACAAAGUCAUAAAUUUGAAUAAAUUGAAGCUAAUUUACCCAAAACGCAAAACGGAUAUGACGUAGGCCGGGCAAGCUUUUCUUCGUUUAUUCGUAGACCCCUCACGAAACGUGUUUCUGCUGGGGUCUACACCGUAGGCUAACCGACCAGCAGAUCGAUCCAUAUCUUGCAGCAACACAGUGCAUUAAUUAUUUUAAUACCUAAUAUGGCACCUUUUUUUUUAAGGCACAACUUGCGUCCGGAGACAUCGUUUCCCAUCGCAGCCCAUCGGGGAUGGAGAUGGUUUCGGCGGAGUUACGAUCGUUCGCACGCGAGGUUGGCUAGACGACGGCGAUGUCGAAGUGAACGAAGCACUGUCUACUUUGCUCUGGCAAAAUAUCGAACGCAAGAUUGACAGGCGUGAACAAUUGCCCGGCACACGACAUAGAUGCAGAAUUGUUGGUUAUGACACCCAGGAG